GCAAGCGACAGGCGGACCCGCUUCCCCCCUUUUCCCUGCAAGCUUCCAAGAGGUGAGGAGAGAAGUAGGGAUGAGGCGCAUGCGCACCGCCAGCCGGCAGUGGCGGGGGGACGGCGGCAACAACUGCUGCUGCUUCUGCGCCGCCCAGGCAGGUAAUCCCAACAGCAGCUUUAGCAGUAGCCGCCGCCCUCGCUGCAGCUUUGCGCGGAGGGGUCGCGGUCCGGAAAGGGAGUGCUGCGUCUGCGGCGGUUGGCGAGGCCGGGCGGGCGGCUCGCCUCAGCAGCUGGCGGAGCGAUACGCGGACUUGGCCGCGAGCCACGCGGAAGCGCUGAGGCUGGGCGAGGAGCGCGAGAGGCAGAGCCGGCGCUUGGGGGAAGAGAACGCGCGGCUGAGGCUGGAGAACCGGCGCCUGCGCAGAGAGAACAGGAGCCUCUUCCGCCAGGCCUUGAAGCUGCAGCACCAGCAGCAGUGCCAGUUGCCCGAACCGGAAGUGGAGGCCUCAAGGGCCCCAGGAGAAGAAGAGGAGGAGGAGGAGCAAAGGGGUGGCAAAAGGGCGCGAAUCGAGGAAGGUGCGGAGACGGGCGUGGCCUGAAAGAUGACGUCACUAGGCCCGCUUUUCCACUCUUUUCAAAAUGGCGCCCCACCAACCAAAACCCAGAGGCUUCAAGUGGACAAACCACUCAUUAAAUUAUUAUUGUGUUGCAACUGACGGGAUUAAAAACACACUCUUUGGGACUUACAUGACUCUAUUCUUUUUUGAGGGGAAAAACAAAGGGGGGAAACAGAUUGCAGCACCACCAUCUUGGCUUGCGUUUUGUGGUGGUUGUCGCUGUUGUCGUUAUUGAGUCCGACGGCGACCCUCUCUGAGGCAAAAAUAGAAACUUAAAAUGCAAUGUUACAAAACAGAUCACUCUUCAAAUAAAAAGUAGCCUCCAAGAGUUAAUUAAAAGAGAUGAGUAAUGAA